AUGGGGGGCUGGGGCCGGGGCCCCUCCCCGAGGCGGAGCCAAGGGCGCCGGGCAGGGAGCGGCGCAGGCGGUUCGGCUGGCUCUCAGUGGCGGGGAGCAAGGGGGGACCCCGAAGAGGAAGGCUGUGCUCGCCGGACCAGCCACGCUGCCUGCCAGGGCCUCGCUGCCGCCGUGCUGGGGACCCCCGGCCCACCCCAGCAGACAGAUGAGCCUCCCCCCCUGAUGGGCCUGGACCUUGGACGCCAGAAGGCCCCGUGUCCCGCCACCCUUCGCCUGUCUUGGGGUACCCACAGGAAGUCUGGGCGCACCCCCUUCCCUUCCGUCCUCUCGGUGCGGGAGGCAACGGCCGGCCUGAGGCCCGGAGCCCGACUCCUGAGGGUCUGUGGCCGCCCCCUGCCCCGCCUGGGCCCCGGGGCUGCCACAGCCCUCCUGCGCUCAGCCCCCAAAGUCUGCGUCACCGUCCUGCUUCCUGACGAGAGUGGCCGGCCUCGAAGGAGUUUCUCUGAGCUCUAUGAGAUGUCACUGCAGGAACCUGGCCGCAGGGGGCUCCAAGGGCCCGGGUCCGAGGGGUCCCCAGGAGCAGGUCUGCUCCCAGUGACAGUCCAGAUGCUUCAUAGUCUGUGCCUACAGGAUGGGUCCCCGGCACCCGGGCCCCUUCCGGGCCUCACGGAGGAGAGGACCGAGUUCCUGCACAGCCAGAGUGGUCACUCUCCCCUAAGCACCCUGGCAGACAGGGUCCCAGUCCUGCCAGAUGCCACCCCAGACCUUCUCUUAGUUGCCACCCCUAAGCCCCCCCAGCCUGAUCAGACCAGGGAUGUGACUCCAGACAAGGCUCUCCCCGAUAGCUCUGCUGGACAAGAGGCUCUGGAGAACCCAACCCCGCUUCCCAGAGAGCUGAGUGACUCCUUCCUGCCCCGGACCCUCUCCUUAAGGAAUUCUAUCAGCAAGAUCCUGUCUGAGGCUGGAAGCGAGCCCCUGGAAGAGGAAUGGAAAUCCAUCUCUGAGAUCGCUUCUACCUGCAACAGCAUCCUGGAGGCUCUCUCCCAGGAGGGCCAGCAGGUGCCGGAGAGUGGAGAUCCCAGGGAAGCCCCGAAAGCUGAGACCGACCCGUCCCCUGGAAGCCUGUCCGAGAAGGUCUCCCACCUGGAGAACAUGCUGAAGAAGCUCCAGGAUGACCUGCAGAAGGAGAAGGCAGACAAGGCGGCUCUGCAGGAGGAGGUUCGCAACCUGAGACACAACAACCGACGGCUCCAGGCAGAGUCCCAGAGUGCAGCCGCCCGCCUGCUCAGGGCCUCCCAGCAACUGGGCACCCCGGGCCCCUGACCCCCACCCCCACGGCCGAGCCCACGACCUGCCACCGGACACGGGAGGCCCCCUCGUCCCCGGAUCUCCUCCCGCAUCGCCUGAGCCCAGGCCGCUCUCGUGCUGGCACUCGGUGCCCUUUCCAUCCGGCCCGAGAGGGGAAAGUGUGCCCUGUGGCUGCCCUUCCUGGAAACCUCAGGGACUUGUUGGAAGGGGGUCCAGCCCGCGUGUCCUCUGAAGCGAAGCCCCCCAAUCCCUGGCCCUUCUAAGGACCCCCAACCUGUCUGUAAAUUCUGUUCGGCCCAGGAGUCCUCAGUGUGACGAGUAAAGGCUGGCCCCGACCCCGCUAGCCACGGACAACCGAGGGCCACAGGGACCUGGAGGGGG